GUCGUACUCAUGCUUUCUGUUCAUUGCCUGAAAGUUCGCACUCCUUUUCUCUUGUCACCAUGUCUGUUGUGGUUAUGUAGCAUUUCAAGCUCUUUUACUUUCGUAUAAUUGGGGUCACGUAUCAAUAAUGAGUCCUUACCCUCAAGCUGAUUUCGACACGGGCGUCAACAACCUGCCUUGCCGCAGCCAAAUCGCCUUUGCAUCGCUUGUUGUCCGGUUGAAGCCCGCUCAUCUCUCUAUUGAAGAACAUUUGCAGUACCUCCGCAGUGCCAUCUUCGAGGAACGCUCCCCCAGCUUGGCAGUCGGUGUGGAUUUCAAUCCCCUCGUUUACUGGGAACAGGUCUGUCGAAACUCCGAGCAACAGCGAAUCGACCUGCUUGAUGAAGUGGCGAGGCUCAAGGAAGAGGUGGAAGUCCUUCGACGAGAGCCUGCGCCUGUCUCGCCCACUUGGAGAGGAACACUUGGGAAGAGAAAACGAGGCGAUCCUACGGCACAGAAUUCUGCAGAACGACCCGAGAUCACCUCUGAAGAUAUUGUGCAUGCCAUAAGUGAUGACGACCCAGGGUCAGACAAUGGUCGUAAGAACAGCGACGGAGCUGCUCGUCAAGAUCUCCUACGAGGCCUUUUUUCUCUCCAGCAUACUCUUCGACUCCGAAAAACAAACAAGAAGGCUCUUAUGGCUGCAAUCCAGACAGUCGCGAUGACACUUUGUCGCGACCUGCAGCCCGCAAACAAGGAUAACGCAAGUGGUAGCACUCAAGAGGAGAUAUGGUCUGCCGAAGAGCUUGAAAGCAUUGUCAAGGAGACCUAUCCGCCUAUACUGCACGGCCUAGAACUCCUUCGGCCGGAUACCGAUGAGGAAGGUCAAGUCGUCUUUCAUGCAGUACCGGAUGUGGUCAUGCUAUUUGAAAGCAUUCUUGGGCGCCUACAUAACUUUGCACAGUACGACGUUGCAAGACGAGGAGGAGGAGUCACCUUGCAGCCGCGAGCGCGAGGUUGUGAAGCAGAUCUGGACAGGACGGGACCGCUUAACGAUACUGAGGAAGAGUCAAGCUGCAAAAUAAUCACGAAGACGCUCAUAAGAAUGGUUCUCCUCUUGGACCUAUCUCGGGACGCCCAUUGUGAAGUGUUAGAAGGGAUUUUGUGCGCACUACUUGAUCAUAUCGGCUCCUUGUUAUCACUUCUGGUGUUCUCCGAUAGCAGCGGCAGAGCUGAAGGAGUUAUUGGCAUCCUUCCGCCCAAGGGCUUAGUUGAUGCGGCUGACGAGGAUUUGGAAUCGGCUGUGGAGUCUGCGAAGAUGGAAGGGCCAUAUCUGAUCUACAUCUUGCGCAAGGCCACGGAAUUCCUCCAAUCCAACACAAAAUUUAUGUCAAAAAGAGGCUUGUUGUUCUUCUCGCGACGAAAUGCUACAGGCGACAGGGACCUGCAGCAAUAUAUCGAAGAAACACUCCAGAAUACGCUGCUUCGAGGCGUCUUCGGAGACGAUGAUGAUACCUUUCACAAUUCAUUACGUCGGAGCGAGCGAAAUGUCGAACCUGAUUUGAAGAAGUUGAUGCAGGAAAUCACGCCAGAUGCAAGUUCUUCGGAAUGGUUUAUUGGGCAGCUUUGGGAGCAUUUGGGAUGGAGUAUAUUGUCAGGUCGGAGAGCACGUUAGAAUGGCACUGUGUCAGUUACCAGAGCCCUGUCCUGUUGUACCCUGGCAGGCAGUCCUUUUACAUACACCUAUCAGUGCACUCAGGUCAUAAUCUCAGGCCCAGUACUCUGAC